CUUGGUGUCUCUCAGGUAGGCCUUAGUUUUAAUAACAAGGGGUUGAAGAAAUGUAUCAAUAUAUUGACCCAUCCUAGACAUAACAGAUUGUAUCCCAUUUACAAUGGGUCGCCCUGGUGGAUUCAAAGGGUCUUUGUGCAUCUUCGGUAAAGUGUAGAUAACUGGUAAUCUGCAUACAUCUGGGACCAAAUAUAGAGCUUCUUUUUUAUUUAAUAUCUUAUAAUCCUUUCCUUUCUUGACCAAUGUUACAAGAUCCUUUCUAAAUUGAUGGGUGGGGUCUUUUGAUAAGGGGAGAUACGUAUUUAUCUAACCAUUUUCGGCUUUGCCAUAAUCAAGAUCCCUCUAGUCUUAGAUUC